AUGCUUCUUAGCUCGUUUCUCUCCAACGUGUCUGUGAUUUCUAUUGCCUACGGGAGGAAUUAUACGCACACACAUCGGCCCCAAUGGAUUUUGAAUUAUAUUGAUCGUGAGGGUUUACGAGAGGAUGACAUUGUUGUUGUGUUUGAUGGUGGGGACACCCUUUUCACUGGGGCCCAGAGGGUACAACAAGCAUUGACACACUUCAUGGCCACAACCGCACCUACUGCUGAGGCUUUUGAUGCUGCUGCUGUGCAUCGAGGUGAGGCUUCAGCACCCAUACUUUUCUCAAGUGAAUCGUUUUGUUACGCACCACAACUAGAAUUAGUUAUCCGCAAAGGACCAAAACCUCAUUAUAGAAAGUGCCUUUGGUUUUAUACACGAAUGUGGAAAGCAGCAGCGAUAACACAAAAUAGACGCUUGUCGCAACAGAAGAAAAAGGAAUACCGUUUCCUUACUUCAGGCGGUUAUGUCGGACGCGUAUGGGCGCUUCGUGCUGCGACUCUGGCGUACACCAGAUUGCUGGAGACACGGAGUGAUUGGUGGUGUGAUCAGUCUAUCUGGACAUUGCUUUACAUUUGGAGUGUUUCUCAAGUACCUGGAGUUCCAACCGAACAACGUAUACCGUUCGGUUUUAUUGACCUUGACUACAACAAAAUUUUUUUUAUUUCUCCCUCUAAAGGAGCUUUCACAAAUUCUGCUAUCUUUCACUUCCCAGGUCCUAUGGAUGGGUGGCAACCGUUUCUCCCCAAAAUAAUAAAUCACACGUUAUGGAUUAAAGAGAUUUAUUACAGCCCUCAAUCCCUCAGGUCAGUCAGAUGUCGUGUGCUUUCCGAAGCGUUUGUGAAAGUGCAAGAUGCUUAUGGCUACACUCACGCCUACCGUUAUGGAAACUUAUGUCCUGCUAAGGAUGCACUGAAGUUGAGUUGGCUUGCGAGUGCGUUUCCAAAGUAA